CGCCCCGCGGCGGCCGGCCCAUGGCCCCGCGCGGGCCCCGCCGACCAUGGACCUGCGCACGGCCGUGUACAACGCCGCCCGCGACGGCAAGCUGCCGCUGCUGCAGAAGCUGCUGGGCGGCCGCAGCCGCGAGGAGCUGGACGAGCUGACCGGCGAGGUGGCGGGCGGGGGCACGCCGCUGCUCAUCGCCGCGCGCCACGGCCACCUGGCCGUGGUGGAGUACCUGGUGGACCGCUGCGGCGCGAGCGUGGAGGCCGGCGGCGCCGUGCACUUCGACGGCGAGACCAUCGAGGGCGCGCCGCCGCUCUGGGCCGCGGCGGCCGCCGGGCACCUGCCCGUGGUGCGCAGCCUGCUGCGGCGCGGGGCGUCGGUGAACCGCACCACGCGCACCAACUCCACGCCGCUGCGCGCCGCCUGCUUCGACGGCCACCUGGACGUGGUGCGCUACCUGGUGGGCGAGCACCAGGCCGACCUGGAGGUGGCCAACCGGCACGGCCACACGUGCCUGAUGAUCUCGUGCUACAAGGGCCACGGCGACAUCGCGCGCUACCUGCUGGAGCGCGGCGCGCAGGUGAACCGGCGCAGCGCCAAGGGCAACACGGCGCUGCACGACUGCGCCGAGUCGGGCAGCCUGGAGAUCCUGCAGCUGCUGCUCGGGCGCCACGCGCGCAUGGAGCGCGACGGCUACGGCAUGACGCCGCUGCUGGCCGCCAGCGUCACCGGCCACACCAACAUCGUGGAGUACCUGAUCGAGCCGCAGCCGCGCGCGCCGCAGGAGGAGGAGGCGGCGGCGCCCGGAGAGCCCCCGGCCGAGCGCUGCUGCCCCGCCAGCCUCGAGGCGGCCGUGGAGGCGCUGGAGCUGCUGGGCGCCACCUACGUGGACAAGAAGCGAGACCUGCUGGGCGCGCUGCGCCACUGGCGCCGCGCCCUGGAGCUGCGGCAGCGCGGCGGCGCGCUGCUGCCCCGGCCCGAGCCGGCGCCCCGCGUGCCCGCCUACGGCUACUCGCGCGAGGCCAGCUCGCCCGAGGAGCUGGACGCGCUCAUCCGCGACCCGGACGCCAUGCGCACGCAGGCGCUGCUGGUGCGCGAGCGCAUCUUGGGCCCGGCGCACCCCGACACGUCCUACUACAUCCGCUACCGCGGCGCCGUCUACGCGGACGCGGGCGACUUCGCGCGCUGCCUGCGCCUCUGGAAGUACGCGCUGGACAUGCAGCUGCGCCACCUGGAGCCGCUCAGCCCCAUGACGGCCAGCAGCCUGCUGUCCUUCGCCGAGCUCUUCGCCUACGUGCUGCAGGACCGCGGCGCGGCGGCGGCGGGGCCGCGGGGCGGCGCGGGCGCGCGCAUCGGCGUGGCCGACCUCCUGGGCGUGCUGGCCAAGGGCGUGCGCGAGGUGGAGCGCGCGCAGCAGCUGGCGCGCGAGCCCGGCGACGCGGCGCCGCUCGGCAAGGCGCUGGCCGUGCUGCUGCACCUGCUGGACCUGCUGGAGCAGCUGGCCUGCGCGCCGGGCCAGGAGCACGCCAAGCGCCAGGCCGUGUACCGCCUGCUGCGCGCCGCGCCGCGCGGCCGCCACGGCUUCACGCCGCUGCACAUGGCCGUGGACCGCGACACCACGCACGUGGGCCGCUACCCCGUGGGCCGCUUCCCGUCGCUGCCCGUGCUGCGCCUGCUGCUCGCCUGCGGCGCCGACCCCGACAGCCGCGACUUCGACAACAACACGCCGCUGCACGUGGCCGCGCGCAACGGCUGCCCGGCCGCCAUGCGCGUGCUCGUGGAGGCGGGCGCGCACAUGGACGCCACCAACGCCUUCGGGAAGGCGGCGUGCGAGCUGCUGGACGCGCGGCUGCUGGCCACGGGCGCCGUGCAGCCGUUCCAGCACGUGACGCUGCAGUGCCUGGCGGCGCGCGCGCUCGGCCGCGCCAAGCUGCCCUACAAGGGCCGGCUGCCCGAGGACCUGGAGGCCUUCGUGGAGCUGCACUGAGCGCGCGCCCGCCGCCUCGGCCGCUGGCCUGCCGGGUCCUCGCCCGCCGGAGCCCUGGAGCCGCGGCGCCUGACCUGCGGGCGGCCGAGCCUGGGCCCCGCGGCCUGGACCUGGGUGGGCGUGGCCGCGCGGCGCCACGCCCUCGGCUCCCUGACGUCGAGGUGGGCGUGGCCUGUGCUGCCUUCGCCCUGCCCUUGAGGUGGGCGUGGCUGCGUGAUUUGCGUGAAAUCGCGGUGGGCGUGGUCACCGCUGCCUUCUCCCCAGCUGCCCCACCCUUGAGGUGGGCGUGGCUGCGUGGUUUGCGUGAUCUCGCGGUGGGCGUGGCCACCGCUGCCUUUGCCCCUCAGCCGCCCGCUCUUUCCCUGACCUCAUGGUGGGCGUGGCCUCUGCUGCCUUUGCCCCGUACCUGCUCCACCUUGGGUGGGCGUGGUCGCACUUUGCCCUGACACGCGGUGGGCGUGGCCUAUGCUGCCUUCACCCCCAGCCACCUCACCUUGGUUGGGCGUGGCCUCACCUUUUUCCAGACCUCACGGUGGGCGUGGCCACGCUGCCUUUGCCCCCCAGCUGCCUUAUCCUUAAAGGGGGCGGGGCCGUGCAGUGCCUUCCAAGCCUCCCCGCCCUUGGGUGGGCGUGGUCACACUUUCCCCUGACCUCACGGUGGGCGUGGCCUGUGCUGCCUUCUCCCCAAGCCUCCCCACCAUCGGUGGGCGUGGUCACACGUUUGCCCGCCCUCCAGCCACCUAGGCCAGCGUGGGCGUGGCCGCGCGCUGCCCCUCCCCCGGCCGCCGCGUGUGGGUUUGCAGUGUCCUUAGGAGUUAUUUAUUGAGUUAUUUAUCGGCAGGCCGGGGGCUGCCCCUCGCUGUCAUCACGGAAUGUGCACUUCGGUCCCGACGCUGACGUCAUUAAAGGGAUCUGCGGAGUC